AUGGAUGGCGAUGGGACGAUGGUCAGGCUGUCAAUGAGGACUGCAUUUGUGCAAAUUCUUCCCAUCUCCGGGAAUUGGUUCGAAGCUCGGGCUGUGAAUGUCACAGUAGAUGGACUUGGUUGCUACGCAUGCGAGCCCCGUCGACCACCUGCGUGCACCGAGGCCCAUGACCAAUGCACACCGGAGGUUUGUGAAUGUGGCAACUCCCGGACCCACGUGCAGCUGGCAUGUGAAGCCAUUAGCGGAGUGGGCCUGGGAAGGCAAGGGACAGACGUCCGAGCGCUCCAGCUCAGCUCCAAGAAGGCGGAAUUCCACCUGCUGUACCAAAUUUCCUCCCAAGGGCAAGAAGUGCGGAACCGCAGCAGGGAGGGCGGUGGACAGCGCGUCCGCUUCGGGCGGCAGCGUUCGGUGGUCUUUCCACCUACCCGGUGGCAUCCAAAGAAGACUGAUGCCACGCUGCCGGACAUGUCUCUGAAACGGGAGUACGUGUACGGAUACAAUGGGAGCUGCCGCAAUUCGUUGCAUUUCGUCUCCGAGACGGAGAUUGCUUAUCCAGUUGCUUGUUUGGUCGUAAUUUUAGACGUCUUUUCCAACAAACAGCGCUUCUUUGAGGGCCACACCAAUGAUGUGCAGUGCCUUGCAUGGAAUGAGCGCCACCAGUUGUGCAUUUCUGGACAGAUGGAUGAGAAGGGAACUGCGGGGCCAAAAGCCUGCAUUUGGAGUCCAGCACGGCCCAGCAGCUUCUGCAACCUGCCACACCCGCGUGAUGCCAGAUCAGUUAGCGCGGCAGCCAUCAGUCCUGAUGGACAUGUGGCUGUGACCUUUACCACCGACGAUGCCCGAAGUUUUUAUCUUUGGCGUGGCCCCUUUGGCCGCGCGGUUGCAAAGGAGGCGACCUUGACUCAUAUCUUCUCUGGCUCUUCAGGACGUCAGUCGACGCUGGGAGUUUUCAUGUUCGAGGCAGCCUGUUCCUCUUCAACAAUGACCUUCACCACAGUUGGCGUUGGCCACUUCAAGCACUGGGUGAUCAAUUUCCCUCAGAACUCGCCCAUAACGGUUAGUCAGAAGAAAGGUGUUUAUGGCAAGAAUCCUGCGAGGAAUCCUUUGGAUUGGGCUUGGCGCAAGGAUGAUGGUUCCGCCUGGCUGGUGGCGGACAACGGUCAGCUCUACAUGGUCAUGAAUCAUAGCGCAACGGCCUCGAAACAGCUGGCAUCUAAGCCUCUAGCAUGUGUAGAGCAGCUUCCAGGGGGACGGUGGAUCGCUGGGGCGGUCGAUGGAACCAUCUAC